ACAAUUAUUUAGUCGCUCCAUAACUAUGGUUAAAGUUUUAUAAAUUUCUUUAGUUGAAAAGAACAUCGUAGAAAUUUGGGUUUUCCAUCUGUGUUUACUGUGCAGAGGGAGAAGAAGGAAGAAGAGAAGAAGAGAGAAGAGAGAAGGAAGAAGGAAGAGAAGAAAAUAGGGCUCGGCUUAUAGCCAUUAGGGUUUAUAAAGAGAAGAAGGAAGAAGAAAAUGGUUUUCACAAACCCUAAUGGAAGGCCCUAACUGAUUUUUAGAGAGAGAAGGAAGAACCCUAAUAGAAGAGGCCCUAACUAAUUUUUAGAGAGAGAAAAGGAAGAUGAGAUGCUGAUUUAGGAAGAUGGGAUGCUGAUUUGGGUUAGUUUGAAGAGGGUUUUUCAUUUUCUAGAGGAAACCGAGCUGAAGGAUUAAGUUUGGGGAACUAAUCCUAUAUGUACAAUUGCUUGCUCCUGUAAGUUUACAGUGUACACAAUCAAAAACAAAAUAUUGAUUACUUGGUCCUGUAGUCACACUCUCUGCUUCUCAUUCAUCAGUAAAAAAUUAUGCUUUGAGCUUUAAUUUGUGCCAUUAACAGUAUUUUCACAAAAAACAAUUAUCGCAAAUAGUCACAGCAAUCUGCCUGUAUAUGAUUUCUUUACACAAUGAUUUACUUUACAAAAUGAGUUGCUAUAAACAGUAUUUCAUUUACACAAUGAUUUUUUUAGAAGGACAACUGAAAUUUGCAUCUAUUUGAUUAAGUUUUAAAAAAACAUUCAUACCAUCAAUAUGCAACUCAGUGGGGAUAAAAGUUUUUUCUGUUUUUUUUCCUGAAGUAAUUUUUUUUUAAAGCAUGAAAAUAGCAAUAGACAAAACAGGAAAAAAAAUAUUUUUCCAAAAAACAUAUAGGUAAAAAAGGAUACGAUUUUUUUCUCAGAUUUAAAUCGUAUCAUGAAAAAAACCCGUUUUCAAAGGGUUUAUGAAAAUUACGCGAUUGUUUGCCGAUCUUUUUAAAAAGUCGCCGUUUAAAAGUAUUUCCAUAAAAACGCCGAAUUUUUUAAAAAAUCGAUUUGCUAACCAUGCUUCAGACUUGAAGAAAGUAGCAGAAAUGGGGCCAAGACAUGGCCGAAAAAUCCGACUGUGCUCUUCAUUUGGGCGCUCCAUUAACAAUCGCAAUAACUUACAGAGGCUCCGCCAAAUUAACCCAAAUUCCACUGCGUCUAAAUCCAAAGGUGGGGCAUUUUUGUAGGUGGGGCAUCUAUUGAUCAGGCUUCUUUGAGGAGACCAAGUGGGUCUGAAUCUACUAGCUCUAGUGAUGAUGAUCAAGAGGAAAAUGUGUGUGCUUGUGUGCAUGUGCCUACAUGCAUAAAUACAUACAUACUACAUUGUUGUGUGCUGUUAUGAAUGUGGAUUUGGAAUUCUUCUACCCCAAACCAGAUGAUUUUCAUGGACUGAAAAUUUUACUAAAUAACUACCUUGAUGUUAAGGUGUGGGACUUGAGUGGAUUUGUAGACUUGAUUCUGGGACAGACGACAGUUGGGACUGUAGUUAAGCCGGGUGAUGAUGGUGCCCCAUUUGGUGUCAUUUCAGCUAUCAAUCUAGAGCGUUAUAAGGAUCACCGAUGCAUUGUGGAUCUUAAAAGCUUUCUUCUUGAUGUAUGCCAUGAGAAAUCGAUAAGCAGUCAACUGAAAAUCUUUUUGGGAGAGCAAGCACAGGGUGUGGGUCUCCUGGUCUCCCAGCGUGUGGUGAACCUUCCUCUCGAGAUUUUACCUCCCCUAUAUGAUAGCCUCUUUGACGAAGUUUCAUGGGCGACUGAAGAUGAGAUAAGUCAUGGUGGAAAACCUAACGGAAAAGGUGCAUUAGGAGAAAAUGAGGCUGAACCAAUAUUAUAUAAUCAUCUGGAAGAUGAGAUUUUUGAUAAGUUGUGCUCGUGGUCCUUUACCUUUCAACUGCGUGAUCAACAGGCAGUUACUCAUGAGCUGAGAAAUUAUAGAAAAAUGGGUCUGGUUAUGGCGGUGAAAGCAGACAAACAAACUGUGGAUAAAUUCAGAGAGGAUUUGAAGACGUUCAUAAGUGAUUCUUAACAGGACAUUCUCACCUCUUUUUUGUUUCCGGUCACCAUGUCUCAUACAGCAAAUUCGGAUUUUUCCUGUUUCCGGGACUGUAUUUAUUAUGAGUGUGAUUCAUAAAAUAAAUUUUGGUGUAAUUUUAAUGAGAACUUGAAUUUAUUUGCA